GCGGUCGGAUUUGUUGCGAGUUUGAGUUGGAAACUAGUUGUGGUUUUGUGUCGCGAGUACCCCCCAUCUAUUUUCAGCCCUAGGUACUUACGGCAUCGGUUCGUGCAAAAAUCGCGUAAAAAUCCCGAAAAAUCGUCGAAAAAGCUCGUGUUGGUGGCCCCCCUGUGCAGAAUCGCGUGUUUCGCUCCCCCUUGGCGAUGUUUGUGUGUUCUUACCGCGCAUGGAUCGGCUAAACCCGAGUAUUUUGUGUCAAAGCCACCAGCUGAUGGCGGGCGAAAAUACUGGACUCGUUGGGCAGUUGUUCGAUUUCGAGCGUCUUUUCCCCGUUUUCUAACUCUUAGUGGUGUUGGUGCGCGAGGACCCCUCGAUCGGCGCUCCGCUGCGGUUCUUCCCACCGGUUUGGGCGUGCACCUUGUCAUUGAGGAUGCGUUCGAAGGGGGCUGGUGCCGUUUGACGUAGACGUCCAGGUGAAAUGUCGCGCGCGUAAACCAGAUCGAGUAGCCAGCAUGUCGACCACGGCGUUCGUCGAUAGGAUCGAUCCCUUCGCCAAGCGCUCGCUCAAGAAGAAGACGAAGAAGUCGCAGGGCAGCUCCAGGUACAGGAACUCGCAGGAUGUGGAGCUGCAGCCGCUGCCGCUGCUCAAAGAUGUUCCGGCAUCCGAACAGGAAGAAUUGUUUAUACGUAAACUUAGACAAUGUUGUGUGCCAUUCGAUUUUAUGGAUCCGGUGGCGGAUCUAAAAGGAAAAGAAGUGAAACGUUGUACUUUGAAUGAAUUAGUGGAUUAUAUAACUGGUGGUAGAGGAGUUUUGACCGAACCCGUCUAUCCAGAAAUUAUUAAAAUGAUUUCGGCCAAUCUUUUUCGAACACUGCCUCCCAGUGAAAAUCCCGAUUUCGAUCCGGAAGAGGAUGACCCCACGCUGGAAGCAAGUUGGCCACAUCUUCAGCUAGUUUACGAAUUCUUUUUGCGAUUUUUGGAAAGUUCGGAUUUUCAACCGGCCAUAGGAAAACGUGUGAUUGAUCAGAAAUUUGUUCUACAAUUAUUAGAAUUAUUCGAUUCGGAAGAUCCAAGAGAAAGGGAUUUUCUAAAGACGGUCCUGCACCGCAUUUAUGGAAAGUUCCUUGGGCUAAGGGCCUUUAUUCGCAAACAAAUAAACAACAUAUUCCUUAGGUUCGUGUAUGAGACUGAACAUUUUAACGGCGUUGGUGAACUGUUGGAGAUAUUGGGUUCGAUUAUAAAUGGUUUUGCGUUACCAUUGAAAGCCGAACACAAACAGUUCCUGGUGAAGGUGCUCAUACCUUUGCAUAAGGUCAAGUGCCUGUCAUUGUACCAUGCACAGCUUGCCUAUUGUGUGGUACAAUUUUUGGAAAAAGAUCCAACGUUGACGGAACCUGUAGUACGAGGUUUGCUCAAAUACUGGCCGAAAACGUGUAGUCAAAAAGAGGUGAUGUUUCUUGGUGAAAUUGAAGAAGUAUUGGAUGUUAUUGAACCAUCACAAUUUACACGAAUUCAAGAACCGUUGUUUAGACAAAUCGCCAAAUGCGUAUCAAGUCCACAUUUUCAAGUGGCCGAACGUGCUUUGUAUUUCUGGAACAACGAGUACAUAAUGUCGCUGAUGGAAGAAAACAAUCACGUGAUAAUGCCGAUUAUGUUUCCCGCAUUGUAUCGAAUUUCGAAAGAGCAUUGGAACCAAACUAUAGUUGCACUUGUUUAUAAUGUGCUUAAGACAUUUAUGGAAAUGAAUUCGAAAUUGUUUGAUGAACUCACAGUUAGUUAUAAAGCGGAAAGGCAAAAAGAGAAAAAACGUGAGAAGGAACGAGACGAAUUAUGGAAAAAGUUAGCCGAACUCGAACUUAAUCAUAAUAAAAAUUCACCGGCACAAAAUAAUAGUCCUCCCAGCAAAAAGUGAUACAACAGCCUAAAAUUCCCCGCCCAUUCAUAGCAUGCGGCAAAUUUCAGUGUGAAGGUGCCCCCCACCCCCACAAGUGUGGAGAGAAGCGAGGUGUUGGUUGUCUCGUCAUCAUGAGCCUUCGGAGGAGUGUACAUUAAAAAUUAUCGUGAAUGUCUACUACUAACAGUCUAUCUAUGGUGUUUUGUAGCUGUGAACAGCAGAACUAUGUUAAUAAUGUGCUAUAGUAUAACUGGUCAACUGUAAAUAGCUAAGCAGAUGUGGUUACGGUUUGUGUUUGGACCGUGGUGCGCGACGCUGGCGACUAGUGUAUUGAAUUGAAUAAAAUCGUUUAAAAAAAUUCGUUGUGUUUUAUAACAAGUGCCAAAGUUAUUUUUUGCAGCAGUAACUUUGGGCUGGGACCUAAUCGACCAACAUGUUAAAAUUGUGUCACGUCCAAACACAGUUUUAACCACAGUUAUUUUGUAUCGUGUGCCAGGAAGGGGCGAAUGUAAUAUUUGUGUACAGAUGGCUGUAUAACUUGAACUAAUCGUAGGUUAAGUUAGGCACUCAUCUAGACUUUUAGGUUCACGGAUUGUUGUACAGUGCAAUUUUUUUUUCAAUUCAAUUUUUAUUUAUUGAAGUCACAAAUUAUACAGCCAGUGCCACUCACUACCAACUUUUUAGACGCACUGUUAUGUUCACUUAGAGAGCUUUAUAUAAGGUAUAGCAAGUUGUGUUUUAGAUAGAGAAAAAACUAAUUAAGUUGUGCAUGACGAGCUCAAAUCUAGUUGUGUUCGUGGAGUUGUGAGGAGUGGCUCUGCGAACACCGCCGCCCCGAUGCAUAACCUUUGCUGCUGUAAACAAAGAGAAAAUACACAAACAUUAGGGCCCUAUUACGCCCAUCCCUCAUUAGACUAAAGUAUGUAAUAUAUAACUAAAUCACUAUAAAUCUUGUAGAUAUAUGAGAAAUAUAUUGUUAAAUUUCGAUUGUUUUUCUCAUAGGUUUUCGGACCGAUGUUCUGUUAUUUUUCUUAUGUGAGUGUAAAAUGGAACAUUUAUAAACCUUUCAUAGUAAUUUCUAUUGCGACCUCGGUAUUGAGGAUUAUAGUAACUGCAGUUUGUGAAUGUACGCACUGUUGUGCGUAAAUAAAUAUUGUCAUUUUGA